UUGACAAACAGAAAAGCUGUAAACCUAGAAUCUGGCAAGAGUGGGUUUGGUUGAUUGAUGUGGUGAAGUCGUAAACUGAAUUCAAUUUCAAAAUAUACGUAAUAUUGAUAUGUGAAAUCCAUCAAAAAAAUUUCUAUUUCUCGGAAACGUGCGAAAUUAGAUACCAUUAGAAAGCCCCUAACGAAAACUUGAAUUAUGUUUUAUGCACAUUUUGUCUUAGCCAAGAAGGGUCCCCUGGCUCGUAUCUGGUUGGCUGCUCAUUGGGAUAAAAAGCUGACUAAGGCUCAUGUAUUUGAAACAAAUAUUGAAAGCAGUGUUGAACAAUGUCUUCAGCCGAAGGUGAAAAUGGCUCUUCGAACAUCUGGCCAUCUUCUUCUCGGCAUUGUCCGCAUUUAUUCCCGCAAAGCCAAGUAUCUGCUAGCCGACUGUAACGAAGCUUUCAUCAAGAUUAAGAUAGCUUUUCGGCCUGGUGUGGUGGAUUUACCAGAAGGAAAUCGAGAAGCCGCCGUAGCAGCCAUUACUCUUCCAGAAGUGUUCCACGAUUUUGACACAGCAAUGCCCGAUAUUACGAUUGACAUGGAUGCUCAAGUCACUUUAAAUCAGAGCAGAGCUGAGGACAUUACACUGAAAGAAGAUUAUGGAAACUUAAGCCUCAUAGCGGAUGAUGGUUUUGAUGAUUUGGGCUUCGAUGAGCCUGAGGGAGAGAGGCACGUGGGUUGCAUCGAAGAUUUCGACAGUCAGAAUCUUUUGCUGGAAGGAGAGGCUGCGACUGCAGAAAUCAGGAACCAGGAUGAGGGUGCUGUCCAGGGAGGUAAUAGCAGCAUAAUAGCAAAGCCAUCUUUAGAGGCACCCUUGAAAGAUGAUGGCUUUGGUGGUACCAUUGGUGAAGGAUUGUUAGAUGGUGAGACUGGUAAUUUAUUUGAACCUGCGGGGCUUUUUGAUGAUCCCGUAUCCAUUGCUCCAGAACCUGAACCUGUAGCCGAACCAACAAACAAAGAAUCUCUUCCUCUUGAUAAACCUAUUGAAGAGCAACAGGAUGACGAAAGUGAUGAUGAUAUGUAUGAUAUGGCACCAGGGUCUAUCGGUGCCCCCUCUCCUCCUUCCUCUCCAGAAUCUCCUGGACCGUCGCAGGCUCAGGCUCCCGCUGAAGAAUUCUUGCAUAACGAUGGACCUUCCUCUGAAGCGUGCAAUGAAUUGAGAAUGGCUGAACCUGAGCCCAUGAUCCCAGCUCAGUCUCCAGCUCGCAGCUUCACUGAAAAUAGUACUCCAGAGAUGCCUCCUCCUGUUCCUCCCCCUCCACCAUUGGACCACACCACUUUGAUCACCAAUGAUGCCGAAAGUUUUGCCUUAGCUCCUCUUGAUACGACUAUUGUUCAUGGAGUUGAGAGAACAGUGAAAACCAAAAGAAAAAGAAAACUUAUAGUGGAUGAAGUGAAGAGCAUAUCGGGUGAAGAAAUGAAGACUCAACUGUCCGAUACCACCGACAUCGUUGCCACCCUCGACCUGGCCCCUCCCACUAAAAGGUUGAUGCAUUGGAAAGAAACGGGGGGUGUGGAGAAGCUUUUCGCUCUUCCUGGACAUCAAAUCCUUUCAAAAACUUUGUCAAGGGGGUAUGCAAGGCAUUUGACAACUAGGUCUGUGGACAAUGAAGACUUCUGUGAAGAGGAGACUGGAGCUGCUGAAAUCUGUCGAUUGGAAGAAGCAACAUCAUCCAAGCGAAGAAGAAUAUCUGAGGACCCUAUACCUGCGGACUCAUAUCACCUGGAAACUUCACGUCAGUCUGCACUCUCGCAUCCUCCCAUUGAUGCGCCAAACUAUUUUGAUGCCUUCUCCCCCAAUGUUGACCACCAACAGCAGCAAAUGAUGGCCUCUCAGGAUCACAUGAUGCAACAAAUACUCCAUAAUGAAUCACCCUAUAUUCCCCAUAUCAUGGACUCAAUGGGACAAGGUAUUUCUUUAGGAGCGGUAUUACCAGAUGAAGUUCCUUUACCGGCUGCUAUGCAACAGUCCCAUUCUUUGUUAGAAUCUUUCCAGGAACCUGAGAACAGAUGUUUGGAAGAUAUUCCACCUCCACCAUACAACAAUGUGGAGAAAAUCCAUAACCCAAUACCAGAAGAUGAAACCACUCAAAUUUGUCCAGAAAACCAAUAUCCUCAAGCUUCCUUAGAAGUUCCCUCUCCACUUCCGCCACAGGUCAUGGCUCAACCGGAAGCUUCCCUCCAUCCUCUUCAACCUCCACUACAGCAACCUACAUUUGAACCUCCUCCUCCUGCUGCUGCAGCCAUUCUUGAACCUCAAGAAAAUCAAGUUGCUCCCACCAACACCCAUACUUCGGAAACCAACGAUUUGUUUGAUUCCUUGAUAGGUGAUCUGCAGCAACAACAGCAGCAGCAACUGCAACAACCACAACAACAACCAGAGUCCCAAACCCAGAAUCACCUUUCUGAAGAUGAUAUGGACUAUGGAGACGAGGAUUAUGGUGCUCCUGCUAGUGUUGGACCCGUGGUUCCGGAUGAACAGAUGGCAGAUGAAACAUAUGAACAAUUUGAGGAGCGUAUUUUGACAAAAAGGACUACACAUCUGUUGCAUUGUAUUCACAACAGACUGGAAACCUUUCAUCAAGUGAAUUUUAAUGAAUUUGUCAGGAAUAAUAAACGCAAGCAGGUGGCACAAAAAUUUUACACAUUUUUAGUUCUGAAAAAGCAGCAAGCUGUAGAACUGGAGCAACAUACGACUUACGGAGAUUUAAUCAUCACAAAAGGACCUAAAUAUAAUUUAGCCUACAAUGGGAACUAAAUAAAGGGUCUGUCAUUCAUUCAUUCAUAUUUUGAAAUUAUAUUAAAACAUCCUAGUCUUCAUCUUUUUAUUCAAAUACACUGGAUGACGUCUGUAAAAAGAGAAAUUAUUUCUGUUGGAACAUUUAUGAGUAACAGGAUUUAAGUAUGUUGAAUGCAUAGGAUUUUUAUCUAUUGAAAAUUGAACACGAAAUUAAUAAUAAUUACUUAUUUGAAAUAAUUAUGUUGGAUCAUGUGUGUUCCUUUUUAAACUGAAUAUAGAAGAAAAAUAAUCUACGAUGAAUGAACUUUUUAGUUUAAAUAAUUAUGUUGAAUGCGUAAGAUUUUAUCUGUACUUCUUCAAAUUGAAUGAAAAUUAAGGAUAACUGAUUCAUUUGAAAUAAUUGUGUUGAAUAAAAUGAAAAUAACUCUAUUUUGAACUUAGUCAGCAAUAAGAAAUGACAGCUAAAUUAAUAAACUUGAUUUUCAGUUGAAAUAAUUAUGUUAAAAUGCAAAUGGUUUUAUGUGUAUUUCUUCCGAUGGAAUAAAUAAUAAUGAAGUUAAUAAUAGGCUGGUUUAUUUGAAAUAAUCAGGUUGCAUGUAAAGAACAGAAUUAACAAACUUUAUUUAUUUUUUUAUUUUUACUAGUUUAAAUAAUUAUGUGGAAUACAAAAGCAGAGAUGCGGACUAUUUCAGAUUUAAGUUCCAGCUUAUAAAAAACCUAAUUUCUCGAUUAUUAAAAUAGUUUUAUUUGUUGGAACAUUUUUUCUUUGUGGUGCGAAAUGACCCUUCAUUUUAAGUUUAAAAAAUUUUGAUUUUAAUUAUUAGCUCUGUUAUUAAAUUUCUAGCAAUUUUUUCAUGUGUUUUAUAAAUUUCAAUUUUUUGUUGUUUUCUUGAUAGUUUUAAAAAAAAUCUAAGUGUUUUACUUUUGUACAGUAUUUUUUAAGUCUUAUUUGAUUGGAACAUUGUUUUGUCCAGUAUAUUAAUCCAAGAUAAUUCGAUCGUUUUUAAUUUUCAGAUCUAUUAAUAUGAUAUAUCAAUCUUCUCGCUAUAAGUGAAAUAACUUGAGAAAACUUGUUAUUAUGGAGUUUCAAAUCAUAUACUUUUUACUUGUGACUAAAUUUGUUUGCGUUUUAACAAUAUCAUUAAGCAAUAAAUUUGUUUCAUCAAAAUAGUUAUUUAUUGAACUUGUUUUCAUUGUUUUUUUUUUAAUCCCUCGCCUUUGUUAACUUUAUAAAACUAAAUAUGUUGCUUAGAAAAACUUAAAUUGCGAAUCAUGAUUCUGCUUCAUGACAGUUAUGUGACCGUUGCAUUAUCAUGGGUCUGUCUAGGUUUUACUGAAAGGUACCUAUUUUGUGAAAAUUAAGACAUAAUUUGUGAAAAAUUAAAAAUUAUAUUAAAAAAUCAAUACAAAAACAUAGUAAAAAUAUAGAUUUAUCGUUUCUUAAGGGAUACAAAAAUAAAAUUUUAAGAAAAAGUAUUUUGUGAAACUACCGUUUUUCCUAAAGUUGAAUUUGUGACACUACCGUUUUACCUAAAAUUGAUUUUGUGAAGGUACCGCUAAACGGUAGUAAAUUCGGCCCGGACGGACCCCUGAUUAUAGGCUGACAAUUUUGCUGUUCAGACAUUAUUUCAAAACUGAAAGCGUAAUUAACAAAAUUGGGGGGGGAGACAAAUUUCUUUUAAUUGAUAUGUUUCAUCUUGAGUGAUAAUUCAUGCAUGUUGUAUUAUAUUUUAAAAUCAUGUUAUCAUAUGUCUUGUCAUCGUUGAUUUUUUUUAAAUCUCUUCCAACUGAACUUUCAUUCCGAAAUCAAAUUAACGAUUAUUAACUGUCGUUUUUUAAAUAAAAUGAUCGUGGCAAAAAGCUUUUUCAUUAUAUUUUGAAUUAUAAAUCCUAUUUUUGAAUUGACUAUGUUUGUAAUGUUUCAGUAUUUCGUGUCUACUGCAUUUUUAUUUUUUAAUAAAAUUAUAAUCAGAAAAGAAUAACUUUAAAUAAUGAUUAAUCAUCUACAUGGAAACUAAUUUAAUGAAAUUUAUUUAUGUACUUAUUAUGCACAUUGCUUAGAAGAAGCCACUAUAUGCUUCUACUUUAAUUUUAUGGAUGAUAGUUUUGUGUUUUAACUGUUUUAAAUUUAACGUAAAGGCAAAGUACUUCUUAAUCGUUUAAUUGUAACUGUUGCUUCUUUUUUUUUUUUUUAAGUUUUCAGUUCUAAUAAUCCUGUAUCUGUUAUUAGAUAACAAUGAUUAAAAUCAGUUUUUUUUAACAAAUCAUUAACAUUUUUAAACUUAAUAUAAUUAUACAUUAAUAGUGAAGAUUUUUUUUUUCUUGAAGUUUCUUUUGCUUAUCUAUCAAUUGCAUUUUUAAUCCAUCAUGUUGCUUGUUGAUACUUAUACAUUAAAUUAAUUAAACUAUUUUUUUAUUCAUACUUAUUUACCAUUUUCUUUAUUUUUUUCUGCAUGUUGUAGUAAAGCAUAUUUGUUUUAAUAUCCUGUACAAUAAAUUUGAAUAAAUAUUAUGUUAAAUUUUGCUUGCAAUUUUAUAUUUUAUUGAUGUGUUUCUCUUAAGUGCUCCUAUGUGUUUGUGUGGCUUCUUUUAACAUGCUGAAUUAUUUGCCUGCAAUUACUUCCCUGCUUCUUAAUAUUAAAUUAAAAAAAUUUCAUUUGAUUGAUUGAUUGAAUUCUUCAUUGAUUUUGAUCAACCUUUGAGGCAUGGCUAGAAAUGCCUGGGUCCAUAAGUGCUCUGGUAAAAAUUAAAGGUUUUUUAUUUUCAUUAAGAUGUAAAUGAAAUCAACUUUAAUUUGUCUCUCUAAAUAUAUUUAAUUUAAAAUAGUUUUCUUAAUUAACUAGAAAACCUUAUAAAUUUAUGUAUGUUUACUUAAAUGUAUGAUAUUGUAUAUUUAUUCUCAUAAUGUCGUAAAAAAAAAUCUCAUUAAUAAAGUGGAUUACACAUUCGCUUAGUCAUUCGUUAAUUGAAAUCAAAACCUUCAGGUAUCGAUUACAUUAAGUAGCUGGCAUUGUCAUUGAUUAUUGAACUAGAAACUUCGUGUAUAAUUAAGUUUCCAUCCAUAAUUAGUAACUAAUAAAAAAAUAAUUGGGAUAAUUAAAUUAGAGAUUGUUUUAAAUUUCUGCAUAUUUAGUGAAAAACAAGUUACUUGACAUUUUUAAGACAAUAAGCAUGUUUGGUGAGAUUUUAGUAACACUGAAAUUUUUGUGGUUUAGAAAAUGUUAGUAUGCAUGUACAUAGCUGCCGACUUUACGGAAUUUUUCUUUUAAUCUGACAUUCUCCUAGUUUUUGUAUGUUUCAAAAAAUUUCCAAAAAUUAAGAAAUUUUCUGAAAAAUCUUUUUAUUUUGCAUUGAUUGUCUAAGUAUUUAAAUGAGUAUUUCCAGUAAAUAAAAAAGCAAAUCUCAUUCAUAGUAAUUAGCAGAACUGUUAUGGUACUGAAAAGCUAUCAAAAAAAUUUUUUGCAUUAACUUUAAAGAAAAUUAUAAAUCGUUAUUUCUACUUACAAAUUUAAAUUAAUAAAUUUAAUUAAAAUACACGAUAAUAAUUGAGCAUGAAAAUUUUUAAUCGAUUAAGAUGUCGAUGAAUACUCGAUGUAGAUAAAUAAGAAUUUGUUAAUUUCAGUUACAAUCUUUUCUAAGAUUAUCAGCAUUAAUUGCGUUGUAUUGUCAAAUAUUUUUUGAUGUUCGUAAAAUUGAAAAAGCCAAUUCUUAGAUCUUGAAAACUCACACCAAGAUUGGCGUAUUAUUAACUAGAAUAAGAAAUUUACACUGAUUCGUAAGAAGGAGAGAAAAAAAAUGCAUUUAUCAUCAAUAUCCUAGCUUUGGUAAUUGGUUUAAACUUUUUUUUUUUAUUAUUAAAAUGUUUCAAUUUCGUUUAAUUUGAACUUUCUAAUUAUUUGUUAAAGAAUGUGUAAUUUAUCUAGAAAUUGAUUCACAUUCUAUUACUAUUCAAACUAAGGAUUUCAAAAGUAGAAUAAAAAAAUAUUUUAGAUUGACGUCAAUCAAAUGCCAGGCAUAAAUGGCAGUCAACUUAAUGUAAUAUAGUUUUGCACUAAAAAUAUUGCUAAAACUCAUUGUGUUAAGAAUAUUAAUUAUUUCAUAGCUGCCAACUACUGGAUUUUACCUGUUUCUACUGGUUUUUGAGCAUUUUAGUAAAUUCCCUAAAUUUGAGUGAAUGCUUGAAUGCUAAAUUUGCUUGAAUGUUUUAAUACAUAUUGAAGCUAGUCUCAUUCAUAGAAAUCAGUUUAAAUUUUUUUUUCUAAAUUGUUCAGUUAAUUUUUAUUCUGAACUCCCUUUUUAAAUUUAUUAAAAAUCAACUAUCUUUGAUAAAUAAAAUGCUAUGCCCCAUGACAGAAUCGCAUCGACACAGCGACAUUGUCGCAGAACAUUACAGAGUUCUUGCAGGAAGAUUUUUCCUUUGAAGGGUAAAAAAAUUUUACUUUUCUUUUCUACAGAAAUUUACACAUAAUAUUUGAACAUUUAGAUAAACACUUUCUGGCGCACUCAAUUGACGCCAAUGAAGGUAAUGUUUCAGUAGUAUUUUCAGCAGUUUAUUGAUGUUCACUUGGAUUUUUAAAUAUCCUGUUUUAUAUUUAAAACAAUAUGGAAAAAUCAAAUGGUGCUUUUGAGUAUUUAUUUUUAGAGCAAUAACUCUAUCGAAUUUUUUUCAUUUAUUGCUAUUGCAUGGUUUUUAGAUCCGAUAUUUUUUAUACAAUAUUAUUUAUUACAACAACCUGAUCUCAAAACACGCAUUUGAGGAGUCCGGUUCGCUUAAUUUUGUCAUCUAUCUUUUUUUUUUCCCCGGCAAUUAUUGCUGUGGAUUUCAUGAUUUUUAAUUAUUAUUUUUAUUGUGAUGAUUAUUUACAAAAUGCAAAGAAUGAAAUAAUUUGCAAUUUGUGCAUCUCCCCCAACAAAAUGCGUGAAUAUCAUCCAUAAUCUAAGAAUUAAAAAAAAUAUAUCUUCAAUUAGAGAAUAUUAUAUAGUUUUUGUAAACAGCACUUUUGUUAUUAUUAAAAGUAUCUUGCAGAAAGAUAUUAGUGCUAGCGAGUUUUGUCGCAGAUAUCUCGAAAAUAUUCCACCACGGGGCUUCUAUGUAAAAUUACGAGUGAAUAUAAUACAUUUCAAGUUUGUUUAAUAUCAAUCAUAACUGGAAACUAUUGCAGUUUUUCUGUUUUGAUGACUAUAAAAUUUCCUAUGUGUAAAAUAUUUACAUUAUGCAGCAAUUAUAAUGAAAUUUAUAUUAUUUCGUAAAAUCUGUUGAAACUUUUCCUAUCCAUGUUCGCAGCUAUGCAUUUUAGUUUGAAAUCGCACUAAGAUGUCACUUAACAUGCCUCUAAAUUUGUUAUCACUUCACUUCUGUUACAAUUAAGCUCUUUAAUAUUUAUUUUUCUGGAUAAAAUUGUUGUUUUUCUUGUAUAAAUAUUAUCUGAAUCAUAGUUUAAGAAUGAAUAUGAAGUUGUUUUAUGUAUCAUGCGGAUAUAUUAUGCAUCAUAUGAUACAUUUAUAUAUCUGAUAUAGUAUGCAUCAUAUCAGAGGCAUGCACAGGGUUAAGAAGGAAUGAUUGAUUGAUUAAAUUGUAGAUAUGCUUAAAUAAAAUUAUUAAAAUGAAUAUUGAAAAGUAAAUUAAAAGGCUGCUUGCAUUUUUUCUUGAAAAUAAUAAAUAAAUCUCUUUAUAUUUUGUCAAAUUUUUAAAAAUUAAAUCUAAUAUGACUAUUUAAAAACUAUUAGUGAAAAUCAAAAUACUUGAAUGUGUGCGUUAUUCGAUUAAAUGGUGUACAAUUUAUUGCUAUUGUUUUUCCAACAUUUUUAGUAAAUGCAUGUUAAAAACUAGGUGGAGGAGUUUGAUCCUUUUCAUUUUUAAACCACUUUUACUUUAAAAAAAUAAAAAUAUCUAGAAAAAGAACAAGUUUAGAACUUUUAUAAAGUGUUUAAAAACAACUUAUGGAAGAAACUAUAUCAGAUUCUUGCCUACAACUAUUAUUAUAUUGAAUUCAGAAUAAUAAUUAGGCAUAAAAUAUUUCUGCAGUGCUUGAAGAAAUAUUUAGUUAGUCGGUAUUAAAAUAAAGAUUUAAAUAUUUGAUUUAAAUUGUCAAAUGCAAAUUUUUAUGUGUAAAGAGUGGUAGCAAAAAGCUACAUUAUCUCUGAAAGUGCUGAAACUAUGCAGCGGUUCUGAAUUAUUAUUUUAGCUAAUGAGCCAUAAAUGAUUGACCUUCUUUUGUUGGAACCGCAACUGCAAUUUUUCAAAGGCCAAAAGAGCUGAUCUCACUAACCAACAUUAUGGAACCUAGUUCAAUAUGAUUCAACAAUUUCAUAUUGGUCGUUCAACAAUUCGAAACAACUUCUCUGAGUACGCAACCAUUUCUACCAUACAUAGUUUUGAAUUUCUACUAUAGUACAAUCCAUAACCUAAUAAAAAUGAGCAUGUUAUAGGCUAUAGUCAUAGCUGCCAACUCUUCUGGAUUUUGACCGUUUCUCCUGAUUUUUAUAAAUCUUAGAAAAUUCCCUAAAAUUGAGUUAUUUUCCUAAACAAAUACCAAUUGACAUAGAAUUUUUGUACAGAUUAUUGCUUCCUUGAAUAUUUAAAUAAGUACAUAUUACUAAUACAUAAUGAAGCAAACCUCAUUUAUAGAAAUAAGUUCAAAACUUUUUCUUGUUAUAAAAUAUUCAGUUUGUUUUUAUUCAGAACUCUCUUUUUAAAUUAAUAAAAAAAAAAUCUUUGUUGAAUUAAAUGCGUUUUAAUAUUUGAAAUUAUGAGUGUAUAUAAUAACAUAACGUUUCAAAUGUGUUUAAUGUCAAUCAUAACUGGAAAAUAUUGCAAUUUUUGUAUUUUGAAAUCCCUAAAAUUCCCUGUGUGUAAAAUAUUUAGUACUUUAUACAAUAAUUAUCAUGAAAUUUAUGUUUCGUAAAAUCUACUGGAUUUUUUCCUGCUCAAGUUGGCUGCUAUGGGUAUAGCAUACUACGAAAAAAGUUCUAACUCUUGGAAACCACUGCACGAUUGUACACCAUUUUGUAUAAUCAAGUAUUUCUUGAUUAGUGAUUUUUAAAAGUAAGUUUUUUAGAGAGUGAAAUAAUACCCCUAUUUAACUGUGUACGCCUGUGGUCCUACUUAUAACAUUGUUUUAUUGUAAAUAUUUUAUAAAUUUUUCUAAUAUCACUUACUAUGCAUUUUCUCAUCAUUGAAAUUGAUUAUUGACAAAUGUUUAUUGUUACACAGAAGAAGGUUUAAUCUAUUUCUCACAACUAGAGUGGAUUUCAUUUUAUAGUAUCUCUAUUGUGUAAAAGGUUAUUUUUAUAUGUCAUUGUAUAUAUUACCCAUUGACAUGUUAAUUAAAUUUUUUUUUAAAGCUGAAUUACAUUUUACUUUAAUGCAUCUAUGUAUAAAUCAAUGGUAAAGUAGUAUUAUGCUAUGGAGAUUUUAUCAAUAUUAGAAACAAUAUUGUACAUAACUUUUUUUUUUCUUUUCAAAUAAAGUUAUCUGUUUUAUGAAAA